UAAAUAUCUAAAUUUUCUUUAUGCAACCCAUAAAUAAGUUGCUUAUCACAAUAGCUAAAAUAUUGGAAGAAAUUUUAAAGGAAACUGAUUAAUUGAGUUUAUAGUAAGUAUCGACAUUCCAUGCUUUGAGAAUACCAUCUAUUUCAAUAUAAAGCUACAUUCAAAGGAUUGCAAAAUAUACAAAUUGCAAUAGUGUUUGCUUUGUUUUUGGAUUAAUAUAUUUAGAUAAGGUUUAGGAAAUGCACUAAAAUAUAAUUCUCAAUUCGAAUUGUAUACAUAGGUAUGAACUUGUAAUAUUGUGUUGAUUUAUGAUAGUUUCUAUUAUGGUGGCAAUAAAGUAUUAUGAUGAUGAAUACUUUAAGAAUGAGUAUUAUGCAAAAGUUGGAGGGUUAUCAUUAAAGGAGAUUAAUCAAUUAGAGAUGGAAUUUUUGGAUUUGUUGAAUUAUGAAUUAUUUAUAGAAAAAGAAGUAUUUGAAGUAUAUGAGGAGAGAUUAAAAUAAUAUGAAUUUAUAGAGAUCUGA